CACUGGUUGGAUUGAAACAGAGAAGAUAUUGGAUGGCAAUAAUGUUGAUCAAUAUAUCUUGACUAUCAGAGCAGAAGACAGUAAGACAUUAUUAUGUUUUCCCAGUAUAAGAAUCUGGCUAAAUCCUGGAAAAUAAUCUCAUGAUUUUACCAUGAUCUUGCUAAAACCUUGCUAUGUUUUUUCCAUGGCCUUAAAUGGUUUAAAAGCAUUCACAACAAUGUUGUCAUUGUGUAAACCAAAACACUGAUUCAUUGUUUGUAUUUAUUAGGUGGAGAUUUUCGUCGUACUGCAGAAGUGCUGGUCAUAAUUACCAUCAACGAGACGACUAGAAAUGCAUCAUUUUUACUCCAGGAUGUUUAUAAUGUCACCCUGCUUGAAAAUGCCUUAGUGGAUUCAGUUGUUGUCAAAUUGGAUUUAAGAUACAGUAAUAAUGUAAGAAACGAUUAAAGAACUGUAAUGUGGGGUUGUGGUAGAGUAGGCCUUUAAUCUUUGCCUUUGCAUUCUAGGAUGUCAUAUCAGCAUUCAGCUUUUCCAUUGAUGGCGGUGAUGGUAACUUUGCUGUUAACCAGCAAGGCGAAGUGAUUGUUGCAAGUACGUUGGACUACGAGAGCAAAUCAUCUUAUACUUUUACCAUCAUUGUCACAGAAAUCCAGCCAGCCAGUGGCCUGGUCGCUAAUGCUACCAUCAAUGUCAAAGUUGAAGAUGUGAAUGAAUUUAACCCAGCGUUUGGUCAAGACAUGUAUCAUGCUAAUGUCAGUGAAGACGCAACUAUUGGAACAUACGUGACACAG